CAUGGUUUUACCACGCAUGUGACAACAAUCACUCAUUAAGAGGGAAUCUGGCCUUUGGAGCUAAAAACUGCAUGGAACACUGGUACAUUUCAUCCAAGGUUGGCAGUUUUCCCUCAGAGAUGUGUUUCGGCCUCCUCCCUCUUCCUGCUCUAUGUUUAUUUACUCUGUGUAAAUUAAGCCCAAUGUCUCUUCUGCAGUCAUUUUUUAGCUCUCAGAUGGAAAUGCCACGUUGCUAAGGAUCAGCAGAAAUCAUUCAACCGUUACAUGAUGUUACAGUAAUACAGAAAAAGGAGGAACAUGUCAUGCUUCAUCAUGUGGCUUCCUGUGCUGCUGGUGGUGGCCCUCAUCCUCCUGUACAGAUGGUACAGGCAGAGUCAGAUACUGGAGAAUCUCUCAGAUAAAUAUGUCUUCAUCACCGGAUGUGACACUGGAUUUGGGAAUUUGUUGGCGAAGCAGCUGGACAGACGUGGAAUGAGGGUUCUUGCUGCUUGUCUGACGGAUACAGGAGCUGACAACCUGAAGAAGGAGACCUCCAGCAGACUACAAACCGUAAUACUGGAUGUUACUGACAGUGAAAGUGUGAGCUCUGCUGCCAAGUGGGUAUCAAAUGCUGUUGGAAAUACAGUUUUCAGACAAGUUACCAGACAUCAGCAUGCCGGUUGGAGGAGCCAGUUUAUCCAUGGUUACUCACUGUUUGAAGAGAGGAGCACACGGCAGGCUUUGCAGACACUGAGUAUCACAGCCGUACAGACUUCUGCAGGAUUCUUUCACACUCUGAGAGCACUAGCAGUCCAAGUUAGACUUCUUCUGACACCAUGUUUUGUUCAUAUGAUAGUAAAUCCAGUCAUAAGGAUACAGAGACUUGUUAUAUGUGUUGACUUUGUGAAUGUCAGCAUUGUAAAUAUUGAAAUACUGACUGCAUACAUCCCUAACCAUACAGCAAGCUAUCAUAGUAAUAGUUUACUUUUCCACUGCAGGAGAGAACUACGUGACUUUGGGGUUAAAGUCUCCAUCAUAGAACCCGGCGGUUUUAGAACAAUGAUGACUCUCUCAUUUGACAGUCAUGCAAAUAACUUGAGGCGUCUGUGGGAUAAUCUCCCUACAAUGGUGAAAGAGAGCUAUGGACAGCACUACUAUGAGCAAUAUAUGAGGUCACUGGAAACAUUUUUGCAAUCAGCCAACCCAAGAGCUCACAUGGUGUCAGACUGCAUGGAACAUGCUGUGACUGCUGUCUACCCCUGGACAAGAUACUCACCUGGAUGGGACUGCAAGCUCUUCUACCUCCCUCUGUCCUACCUCCCUACUGUCCUAUCUGAUUAUGUGCUGUGCCGCUCAGCACCCAAACCAGCUUGUAUGUGAUCAGUGGCGUUGGAACAGGAAAGGUGGGGGGGUCCGCAAAGGGGGCAGCAUGCCCCACCCAAACAUGUAAGAGACGCAGCUACUGGGGAGGGGGAGCGCUUACCUCCGGUUUCCCGCUGAGAGACUCCUACUUUAAAUCUGCCAGUGGCGCUGCUGUGUGCUGCCCCCUGUCCUGUCCUAGUCGGUUUUUCACUGAUGCACUACUGGGAGGAGGCAUAAUGCAUCCCUGAACAGUGAACUGAAGAGCCGGUCAGGACACAGGAUGGGGCAGAACGCUGCGGCGCCGGCGGCAGCCUUUUUAUAGUAGGAGUCUCCACGGGGAUCGAUCCGGAGGUAAGGGGGUGAGUGGGGGGGUGAAUCGGGAAGGGGGAGCCCCAAGAUUUAUUUUUUACUAUGCCCCCCCCCCCAACCACAAACCAUUCCAGUGCGCCCCUGUAUGUGAUUGUCAUCAGAACACAAUGCAGCAGCAUGAUACUGCAUGACCUCCUAUAGCUAAAUGGCAUUUGUAUCACUAAAUAUAAGUUUAUAAUUUCAGAAAGAAUCCAUCCAACAAUGAUUCAAAUUUUGCUAUGAAUACAUUUGGAUUAUUCAAUAAAAAUGAAAAAUGCACUUUCUGAUUAGGUCCUAAAAUAAUUUAGAUUGUAAAGCGCUACGGAAUUUGCAGCGUUAUAUAAGAAACCGUAAAUAAAUAAAUAUCACGGAAGAUAUAUUUGUAAUUAGGAGCCCACUUACAGUAGUCAUCCAUGGUUCUCCCCUAUAAUAUUCUACAUGUAAUAUAUAUUUCCCAUGGAUCAAGCUGACUGACCACUGUUCAGUAGCUCUGAGAGUAAAUAUCACGAAUAGUAUAUAACCUAUCAGAAAACAGUCUAAGUAAAUGGAAACAAUCCUUUCAUGCAUAGAGGUCACUACAGUGGCAGCUGUUAAGUCUUUAUUUCCCAGAAAAACUACCCUUUGACUAGGGAUGGCCAUCAACUACUGAUUAUUCCUAAUCAGUGAUGGUUUGUCAUGGCCAAUGUUGAAUGCUUUUACCAUCAAUUUGGAGAGAACCAGAUGGUUUCCCUCCAUUGAUGGCACAGCAUAAACAUAUAUAUUUUGUUGUUGCAAGGUUUUGUUGCAAGGUGCCGGGACCUGGAGCAUAGCUCUGCUACUGACAUCCAUGAAGCACCUUCCCUGGGAGGUGAUUGGCCCGCGGGUCAUUCACUGAGAAAACGGGGAUCACCAUCAAUGAGUGAAACUACCAAUGGUCUACCAUAGCAUAGUUGGUGACCAUCAAUGACCACUCACCGUUUUCACCAUUCAUGGCAACAAUUAAUGGCGAGCACACCAAUGGCCAUCCCUACUUUUGACAUCACUAGUGCAUUGUGUCCUCUUUUUCUUCUACCAAACUUGAAGGUAUGCCACCUAGUGGCAGCUUUUAAUUCCUACAAAAACAAUAAGGUCAAAAUAAAAUGGAUGAGAAAAGUUUACCAGCCACGAGCACUUCAGGGAUUUCUGUAAAAUAUUUUUACUAAAAGUUAGCAGGGCAUGUAAUAAAUAAAAAUAAAGUCAAUGAGAGUAACAUUUAGGGCAUAAUAUGGUAGAUGUUAUGAUCAAAUAUUCUAUUUUACGGUGAUGAUGUAAAAUCUUAUGUCCACUUUAGUGGACGUCAUUCAAUACAGAGAGCCAUACUGCGUGCAAAAGGUUGAUCCUGGCAUAUAGGCUUAUUCUAAGUUUUUCCUCAUAUAAUAGCCAUGUAUGCCUGUUAUGACAGCUGCUAGCAUUAUAUUGUUUCAUUGUUAUCCUAACUCUUUUAGAUUGUAAAUUAUUUAAAAUUAUUAGUAGUAGCAGCUGUGGUACUGUAGUAGUGACAGAUGCUUUAUUAGUAUUGUUUGUUUUCUCCAGACAUCAAGAGCAUCUAGCAACAGGGUUAGGUACAGAGUAAUAUAACACAUGGGGGGAGUGGAUCUCCUAAAUCAGUUUGUAGCGAUGUACCCAACAUCUGGUCUAUAUAUCUGCACUAAAAAGGUCUACAGUCAAUAGGUUGACCACUAAUACCCCUUUCACAUCACAAAAAUAACCCGGUAUUGACCCGGCAUAUUGCCGGGUCAACACGGGUCAGAGUGAGAUGUGAAAGGGGCCUUGGAGAAUUCCUGGGUCGCCUAACCCGGUAAUUCAACCCGGGUAAUAAGAAGGGUUAUUCCCGUGUUGAAUACCAGGUCAGUGGCUGUGUAAACGGGCUCCCGGAUUGAUGCGACCUGGGAUCCGUUCUGUACAUAGGGAGAGGUGGCGCGGAGAUGAGCUCAUCUCCCAGUGCCUCCCCCGCCCCCACUGCCGGCUCCACCCCCACCGUUAUGGCAUCCGACCCGGCAUAUUGCCAGGUCGGGAAUUCAGCACAGAGGCUCCAAUGCCAGAUCCCACCCGGGAAGAACCCGUUUCCAAUUCUCUGAUGGGAUCCGGCAUUGGAGAUGUGAAAGGGGUAUAAUGGUAGACCACUAAAAGGUUGACAGGAUCAAAAGGUCAAUGUGACAAUGGUCAACAUACAUAAGGUCGACACAAGUUUUUUAUUUAAAAAAUUUUUUUUUACUUUUUCACACUUUACCAUCCGUGUGGACUACGAUUAGACAUAGUAAUCUGUGCCAAGCGCAGCUGUAGCGAGGCACCUUGCCUGAAGCAUGGUGAGCAAAUGUGGUACACUAGUGGGACUUGUUUGUGGCAGAAAAGUGACAAAACACCCCUAAAAAAAACUGAAAAAAGUGUCUAACGUUUUUGUCGACCAUUUCCAUGUCGACCUUUUGACCCUGUUGACCUUUUCUACAGGCUAUUUAUUCUAUGUCGACCUUUUAAACUUGUGAACUUUUUGACCCUAUCAACCUAAUGCACAUCUACCAUUAAUGGUAGACCUACUGACUGUAGACCUUUUUAGCUUAGCUCUAAUAAUCCAUACCCGAUGUACCCACACAGAUGCAAAAUUUGGAUAUGGUGAAUUUCAAAUGUUCUUUCA